GCUCUGGCGCGGGGGGCCAGGGGGUGUCGGAAGCUGCAGUGGUCGCCGGAAGCAGAGCGCUGGGUUGCCGGGGUUCUCGUGGCUGUGCGCGGGAGUCGGAGGGCGUUCGCGUCGUUCAGGCCCCGGCAUGGGCCUCCUGAGCGGGGCGGCUCGCGCCCUGGUGCGGGGCGCCGACCGAAUGAGCAAGUGGACCAGCAAGCGGGGCCCGCGCACCUUCUACAAGAGCCGCGGCGCCAAGGGCAUCGGCUUCCGGGGCCGCGACGGCAAGUUCGUGCAGGUCAAGGAAAUGGUCCCGGAGCUGGUGGUCCCCGAUCUGGCCGGCUUCAAGCUCAAGCCGUACGUGAACUACCGCGCCCCGGAGGGCACAGACGUUCCCCUGACGGCCAAGCAGCUCUUUCUGGAGACAGCGGCACCUGCUAUCGAGAAGGACUUCAAGGCCGGGACUUUCGACCCUGAGCGCCUGGACAAGUACGGCUUUGAGCCCACGCAGGAAGGCAAGCUCUUCCAGCUGUACCCCAAGAACUUCCCGCGCUAGGAGCAGUCGGCGGCGGUCGGGUGUGCCUGCGACUGAGGACUUCGACCUAUCCUCCUCGCUGAGCCUAGCUCCCGGGUGGCGGGUGGGGAGGCGUUGCCCUCGUUUAGCUUCUAUUAAAGACCUUGGCUACCCUA